AUCGCCCUGGACCUCCCGCUCCGUCGACUCCCCGCAGAAUGCGAGGAGCGCUGGAGGACGGACAAGGCGCUGCGGAGGCGAGCGAGGGAGGAAGGGGACGAGGGGUUGGAGGAGGCGGACCGACGGGAGCUGCGGAGAAUCGAGGCCUACAACGACGCCAGGAUCAUGGGCCCCGGCGCGGCGCCCAAGAACCCGAGCCGGGGGGAGGAGCCCCCACAGGGGGGAGACGCAGAGCAGCAGGAGGAGACUGACGCGGGCGGAGGAGGAGGGAGUCGGGGGCCAGAGGAGGGGGGCGAUGGGGUCCUCACGUACUGCUGCGAGGGCCACCCAGAGGAGGUGUACGCCGCGUUGAGGGGACUCCGGGAGUGCUCCCUCCUCACCGACCUCACCCUGAUCCUGGGGGGUCGAGGCGCCGCGGGGGUCGGGGGGGCGACCCUCCGGGUUCACUCCCCCGUCCUGGCCGCCGUCAGCUCCCUGGUCCGGGACGCCCUGGAGACCCGGACCAGGCACCACCGAGCCGAGCCCGGAGGCGGAGGGGUCCGGAGCUGGUCCCUGAGCCUGGGUCCUGAGGUGGACCCCGGAGGGCUGCAGGCCGUCUUGGACUUCGCCUACAGCGGGGACACGGCGUGCCUGGACGGAGGCACCGUGGCCCGGGUACGGGCCGCGGCCGAUGCCCUGGGGGUCCCAAGAGUCCUGGAUCUCUGCGCCCGGGAGGGGGAGAUCCAGAAGAAGCAGGGGGAGGAGGGGGAGGAGGAGAGGAGGAGGAGGAGGGCAGCAGAACAGAUGAAGGCCAGUCUCCGGUGCGUGGCGGAGCUGUGGGAGGAGGGAGUGGGCUGUGACGUGGUUCUGGAUGUGGACGGCACAGCGGUUCAGGCCCACCGGGCGCUCCUGGCGGCGAGCAGCGACUACUUCCGGGGGAUGUUCACCUGCGGCAUGCGGGAGUCCCGCCAGCACCGCGUCUCCCUGCCCGGCCUGCCCCCCUCCGAGCUGCUCCCCCUGGUGGCCUUCUCCUACCGCGGCGCCCUGCCCCUGGGCUGGGCCGGCGUGUUCGAGCUGGCCUGCGCCGCCCACCGCCUCCAGUUCGCCGGCGCUCUGGCGCUCUGCACGGACUUCAUGCGCCGGGAGAUGACGGCGGCCACCUGCCUGGACGUGGCGUCCUUCGCCGGGGCGUACGGCGCGGCCCGCCUGCUGGCGGACGCCGACGACUUCGUCCUGAGGAACUUCCCGGAGGUGGCGGUCGCGCCCGCCUUCGCCGACCUGCCGCCGGACCGGCUGCUGGCGUACCUGGGCUCGGACGCGCUGGUGGUGCCCAGCGAGCUGUGUGCCUUCCGGGCGGCGGCGGCCUGGGUGCUGGCCGACCCGGAGCGGCGUCUGGCCGCGGCGCCGGCGCUCAUGCGCCAGGUCCGCUUCCCGCUCAUGACCUUCCGCGAGUUCCAAGAGGUGAGGGCCGUCGCACUGCGCAUAGAGUGCAGAGGCUCCCCAGACACGGAGUUCUACCUCUGGGCUCUGGAGGAGUUCAGCGCCGAGCUCCCGGAGGCGCGGCGCCGGCUCCGACGGCCCGAGGACGCCCUGGUCCUGGUGGGGGGCGACCUGCUGGGCUGGGGCGCCGCGCAGCGCGAGCUGAGCCGCGAGCUGUGGUUCUCCCAGGCGCUGCGCAGCGGCACGGGGCUCCUGAAGGACGUGGAGUGGAGGCGUCUGGGGGCGCUGCCCGACGGGCCGCGCUUCCGCCACGCCGUGGGGGUGGUGCGGGGGCAGCUCCACGUGGUCGGGGGCUGCGACUUCUACGCGCCCGACGACACCAUGAAGUCCGCCUACAGCUAUGACCCAGAGCUGGACCGCUGGCGGAGGCUGGCUGACAUGCAGGAGGCCCGCAGCAGCUUCUCGGUGGUGGUGGGUGAAGACGACCUGCUAUACGCCCUGGGUGGAGACCGGCAGAUCAACACCAACGUGGCCAGCGUGGAGGUGUACGACCAGCAGGCUGACUCCUGGAGCUACACCCGACCUCUGGACCAGCCUCUGAGCGGCCACGCCUCCGUCCACCUGUCCGGCGACCAGGUCCUCAUCACCGGGGGGUUCGACCCCCAGUACCGCUGCCUGACCUCCACCCUGCUGUACCGGCCCGGCCGCGGCACCACCCGCCUGGCCGACAUGGCCCACGAGCGGGCGCAGCACGUCAUGGAGGCGCUGCGGGACGGGCGGGGCCGCUGCCGCCGGCUGUACGUGGCGGGCGGCGUGCGCAACCUCCGGGCGUUCUACGGCGACCAGCUGGCGUGCGAGGCCUACGACUUCCAGGCGGGCGGCGGCUGCGGCGGCGGCGGGGGGACGUGGAGCGCCUUCGCCCCGCUGCCCGUGGCCCACGUGGGCGCCGCCGCCGCCGUCCUAGAGGGGCGGCUGUACGUGCUGGGGGGGCUAUCCCAGGAGGACUUCCGGGAAACAGGGUUGGUCCACCGCUACGACGGCGCCACCGGCCGCUGGCAGAGCAUGGGCCGGAUGCCCGGGGCGGUCACCGACGUGCGGGCCUGUCUGCUGCGCCUGCCCGGGCGUCUGAGGCGGUGAGGCCCCCGGGGGGGGCGGGGGUCCUGGGUUCAGGGACCCCCCCCCCCGGGGUCAGGCGGUGAGGCCCCUGGGGUUCCUGGGUCCAGUACCAGGCUGCCACCUGCCUGUAGGCAUAGGGUAGCGUCUGAUGGUAGACCUUCUAGAGGCACACACCAGGCACUCUGAUGCACGGCAGUAGGUGUGACGGGCGUUGGAUUGAAGGACAAUGAAUGGAUUGUGGAUGAGAUCCGACCGGAGCCCUGAUAGGAGACGCAUUGGGUUUCAUUUAUUUGUAGAAUCUGUGAGAUGGUUUGAUUGUGUGUGGGUGACCCAGUUUCCCACCUGAGGAUUAUUAUUGAAUUGUAGAUAAUUCAGUGUUCAUAUGCUCUAUAUUUAUUAAACUGUGUAAUAAAUAAAGUACAGCAUUAUAAAAUGAA